AGAUAAUGUACAAGUGGAUAGAGCCCAAAAUCUGCCGGGAAGACCUCAUAGAUGCUAUUAGGUUGCCCCCUUCUGGAGAGAAGAGGGAUUGUCCACCUUGCAAUCCUGGAUUUUUUAACAAUGGAUCAUCUUCCUGCCAUCCCUGUCCUCCUGGAAUGUUUUCAGAUGGAACAAAGGAAUGUAGACUGUGUCCAGCAGGAACGGAGCCUGCACUCGGAUUUGAAUAUAAAUGGUGGAAUGUCCUUCCUGGCAACAUGAAAACUUCCUGCUUCAAUGUUGGAAAUUCAAAGUGCGAUGGGAUGAAUGGUUGGGAGGUGGCUGGAGAUCAUAUCCAGAGUGGGGCUGGAGGCUCAGAUAAUGAUUACCUGAUCUUAAACUUGCAUAUCCCAGGAUUUAAACCACCAACAUCUGUUACUGGAGCUACAGGUUCUGAACUAGGAAGACUGACCUUUGUCUUUGAGACCCUUUGUUCAGCUGACUGUGUUUUGUACUUCAUGGUGGAUAUUAAUAGAAAAAGUACCAAUGUGGUAGAAUCAUGGGGUGGAACCAAAGAAAAACAAGCUUAUACCCACAUCAUCUUCAAGAAUGCAACAUUUACAUUUACAUGGGCAUUCCAGAGAACUAAUCAGGGUCAAGAUAAUAGACGGUUCAUCAAUGAUAUGGUGAAGAUAUAUUCUAUCACAGCCACUAAUGCAGUUGAUGGGGUGGCAUCCUCAUGCCGUGCCUGUGCCCUCGGUUCUGAACAGUCAGGCUCAUCGUGUGUCCCCUGCCCCCCAGGCCACUACAUUGAGAAAGAAACCAACCAGUGCAAGGAGUGUCCACCUGACACCUACCUGUCCAUACAUCAAGUCUAUGGCAAGGAGGCUUGUAUUCCCUGUGGGCCUGGGAGUAAAAGCACUCAGGACCACUCAGUUUGCUACAGUGACUGCUUUUUCUACCAUGAGAAAGAAAACCAGAGUUUGCACUAUGACUUUAGCAACCUCAGUAGUGUUGGCUCAUUAAUGAAUGGUCCCAGCUUCACCUCCAAAGGAACAAAGUACUAUCAUUUCUUCAAUAUCAGUUUAUGUGGGCAUGAGGGGAAGAAGAUGGCUCUCUGUACCAACAACAUAACAGACUUUACAGUAAAGGAAAUGGUAGGAAAGUCAGACGAUGACACAAGUCUGGUCGGGGCAUUUGUAUGCCAGUCAACUAUUAUUCCUUCUGAAAGUAAGGGUUUCCGAGCAGCCUUAUCAUCACAGUCGAUCAUUCUGGCAGAUACAUUUUUAGGUGUGACAGUUGAAACAACAUUGCAUAAUAUUAAUAUAAAAGAAGAUAUGUUCCCAGUUACACAAAGCCAACUACCAGAUGUGCAUUUCUUUUAUAAGUCCUCUACAACUACAACAUCGUGUGUUAAUGGCCGGUCAACUGCUGUGAAAAUGAGGUGUAAUCCUAACAGACCUGCACCAGGAGUGAUUUCAGUCCCCAGCAAGUGCCCAGCAGGCACCUGUGAUGGAUGUACAUUCUAUUUCCUGUGGGAGAGUGCCGAAGCUUGCCCUCUCUGCACGGAGCAUGACUUCCAUGAGAUUGAGGGAGCCUGUAAGAGAGGAUUUCAGGAAACCUUAUAUGUGUGGAAUGAACCUAAAUGGUGUAUUAAAGGAAUUUCUCUGCCUGAGAAAAAGUUGUCAACCUGUGAAACAGUUGACUUUUGGCUAAAAGUGGGAGCAGGUGUGGGAGCUUUUACAGCUGUUUUGUUGGUGGCUCUAACUUGCUAUUUCUGGAAGAAGAAUCAGAAACUGGAGUACAAAUACUCCAAAUUAGUAAUGACGGCUAACUCAAAAGAAUGUGAACUCCCAGCUGCAGAUAGUUGUGCUAUCAUGGAAGGAGAAGAUAAUGAAGAGGAAGUUGUAUAUUCCAAUAAACAGUCACUACUGAGAAAACUCAAAUCUUUGGCAACAAAGGAAAAAGAAGACCAUUUUGAAUCUGUUCAACUGAAAUCCUCAAGAUCUCCAAAUAUAUGAAGAGACAAUGCUGUAGCCUUCAGACUAAUGAACAAAGAAACCACUUUCUGGUUUUACAGGACCACAUUUUAGAACCUGGCACCUAUCACACUG